AUGGUACACCUGCGCCUUAACGAGAAGGAAACCAAUCCGAAUCCUCAUAUUAACUUUAUAACUGCAUUAAAAGCAGACGCAGAUGACGAAGAAAGUGCGCGUCAGCUUUUGCGCGCUUUGGCUGCACAAGUCAGACCAGUUAUGAAGGCUCAUGGUUUUGCUGUAAACAGCUUUGAGGAGUACGAAUAUAACAGUGUAUUUGCUGGCCGGAAUUGGAAUAAUGGGGAGACAGUCGAACUCGUGUUGAGACGACCUGAUGGAUCCUUUUAUCCCACUUACUGGUUAAUGAGUACGCUAUGCCACGAACUUGCACAUAUCAAGCAUAUGAAUCAUGGCCCUGCUUUUCAAGCUCUGUGGUCUCGUCUUCGUGCCGAGGUUCGUCAAUUGCAAGACAGAGGAUAUUACGGGGACGGAUACUGGUCCUCUGGGCAAAGGCUCCGCGACUCUGCUCGGGUAGGCGAAGACGGGAUCAACCCAGGGGAUAUCCCUGAAUACCUAUGCGGCGGUGCCCAAUCUCGUACCAAACCUACGGCGCGACGCCGACGCCAGACGACUAGGGGAAAGCGGAGGGAGGUUGUACCCUCUCUCCAUACCGGUGCACAAACUGCGAAGAAGAGAAAGUCUGGAGCACGAGUCACAUCGAAAUACGCUUUCACUGGUGAAGGGACAUCUCUGGGAAACGAGGGCGUUGGCACUGGCUUUAGGAAGCAAGCAGCCAGCAAACGGGCCCGGGAGGAGAGAGCACUGGCUGCUGAACGCAGGCUUCUGGCUCUGCAAACCGCUGCAUCAGGCACAUCUACCAAAUCUGCUGAAGAAGAAUUGGCAGACGACGAUGACUCAGAUGACGAAGUGGAAUUCGUACCAGAAACGGAUGCAGAACGAAGACAAGCCAUCAAAGAAGCUGACGAGGACAGCAACAAUCUAAAACUAGGCCCUGGAUUUUCGUGGACUCAGUUCAAAGAUGACUUCAAUUUCAAUGCAGCAAGCAAGCCAAGCGGAUCUAAGCUUCCCUUCCCUGAUAUUAUUGAUAUUUCAUCAGACGACGAGGAUACUGGACGAGCAUGCGAUGUACCUGUUGCCUCUGGGUCUACAUUCACAUCUGGAUCCCUUCGUGGUGAUAGCAAAUCCAACAAAGGCAAGGGCAGGGCGGAAAUGGGUUUGAACAACUUAGUUCAAAGCGAGAUUAAGCUGCGGAAACAGGAGUCUCUCGGGAUGGCGCCCGUGAAAGGGGGAGGUAGGAAGGUGGGCGGCUCGAAAUCCGGACCACAAAAGUCCGGUGGUAGGUUUGAACAGGAAAGGAAACCUCCAGAGGAAGUGGUGUCGAUUGCGGAGAAAAUGCGCCAGAUCACCUUGCCUGUGGUGCGUGUGCCACGCCUCGUAAUGAAGUAUGGAGGGAUCGCGGUCAUUAGGGCUGAACAAGUUUAG